AUGGACGGGACUUCAGAACGGCCCGCGGAGGAGACUUGGGAGGACAUCCCGGAGGACAUUAUGGCUCUCUCCUCGGACGAGAUCCUCACGAGGAUACGCCUGAUUGACAACGACCUCAAGGUCAUGCGCUCGGAGACGCUGCGUCUGCAGCACGAGCAGAAUGUCAUGAAGGAGAAGAUUCGCGAGAAUGGGGAGAAGAUCAAGCAGAACAAGGUUCUGCCAUACCUGGUCGGGAACGUCGUCGAGAUUUUGGACGUCGACCCAGAAGGCGAAGAGGACGGUGGCAACCGCGACCUGGAUUCGAUGCGGAAGGGGAAGUGCGCAGUCAUCAAGACCUCAACACGACAAACAGUGUUCCUCCCUAUGAUUGGUCUCGUCCCUGCCGACAAGCUGAAGCCUGGUGACCUCGUCGGCGUGAACAAGGAUUCGUACCUCGUGCUUGACACCCUUCCCGCGGAAUUCGAUUCCCGCGUGAAGGCCAUGGAGGUGGACGAGCGGCCGACGGAGACGUACACCGACAUCGGUGGUCUGGAGAAGCAGAUCGAGGAGCUCGUAGAGGCUAUCGUCCUGCCUAUGGAGCAAGCGGACAAAUUCAGGACGCUCGGCAUCAAGCCGCCAAAGGGUUGCUUGAUGUACGGCCCUCCAGGUACCGGCAAGACGCUCAUGGCCCGAGCAUGUGCCGCACAAACGAAGGCGUGCUACCUCAAGCUCGCUGGUCCUUCACUUGUCCAAAUGUUCAUCGGUGACGGCGCGAAACUCGUUCGCGACGCGUUCGAGCUCGCGAAGGAGAAGGCGCCAGCCAUCAUCUUCAUUGACGAGUUGGACGCCAUCGGCACGAAGCGGUUCGACUCCGAGAAGAGCGGUGAUCGUGAAGUACAGCGCACGAUGCUCGAACUUUUGAACCAACUAGACGGGUUCAGCAGCGACGAGCGAAUCAAGGUCAUCGCUGCCACCAAUCGUAUCGACAUCCUCGACCCCGCGCUCCUUCGAUCAGGGCGUCUUGACAGGAAGAUCGAAUUUCCGCUGCCCAACGAGACCGCGCGCGCCCGCAUCUUGGAGAUCCACUCGCGAAAGAUGACGGUCGCGUCGGACGUGAACUUCGAGGAGCUCGCGCGCAGUACCGACGAGUUCAACGGUGCCCAGUUGAAGGCCGUUUGUGUCGAGGCCGGUAUGAUCGCGCUGAGGGAAGGCGCGACGAAGCUCAGCCAUGAGCACUUCUUGAGUGGCAUCGCGGAGGUGCAGAGCAAGAAGAAGAACCCGCUCAACUACUUCACGUAG